UGACAACAUGGCCAGUUCGGCCGCGGCUGCGUCCAGGAAUAGAACGCCCGCUCGCGCCUCUCUGCCUGCCUGCGUACCUGGCUGCGCAUCGCGUCGAGUGCGUGAGACUGCUGCUGCAACCAUGAGGAUGGAGCGAGGCGGCCGGGCGCUGUGGCUGGCCCUGCUGCUGGGGGCGGCGGGGGCGGUGCCGCGGCAGCCGGCGACGGAGGCGCGCCACGGGCUGGGGCCGCUGGCGCGCGUGCCGCCGCUGGACCAGGGCUGCCCCGAGCCGUGCAGCUGCGCGCCCGUCCAGCUGACGGCCGUCUUCGGCCUGAUGCUGUUCGUGCGCCAGGUCGUGAUGAACUGCACGGCCACCGCGCUCACCGCGCUGCCGGGGCCCGUCUUCUACGAGGUGUACGCGCUGCUGCUCUCCCACAACAACAUCACGCAGCUCGGCCCGCACGGAUUCGCCGCCGACAUGCAGGUGUCGGAUUUGCGGGAGCUGGACCUGCGAGACAACGCCAUCCACACCAUAGACGAGGACGCCUUGAAGGGCCUGCACAGCCUGACCAGCAUCGCAUUGGACCGCAAUAAGAUCCAGACGGUGCCACCACAGCUCUUCGACGACUGUCCGGAGAUAGAAUACGUGAGCCUGAGCGAGAACCCGCUGAUGCUGCCGGCGUCGGGCCCGUUCUUCAGCGCGCCCACGCUCAGCGUCAUCGACAUCAGCAAGUGCGGCCUGCGCAGCCUGCCGGACGACACCUUCUCCGAGAUGCCCAUGCUGCACAUCGUCUACCUCGCAGACAACCCGCAGAUCGGACAGACGAACAUGAGCGCGCUGUCGCAGCUGGAGCACCUGCACGGGCUGACGCUGAUGCGCAACGAGCGCAUGACGCUGGCGGGGCCCGGCCAGCUGUCGGUGCGCGAGCUGGGCGCGUCGGGCGCGUGCCGGGUGCUGGCAGCGCCCCUGGCGGGGCCGCACCUCACCAAGCUGUCGGCGCAGGGCUGCGGGCUGUCCGCGCUGCCCGCCGUCAUGGCGCAGGCGCGGCCCAACCUCGAGAUGCUGCUGCUCGGCAGGAACGCCUUCACCGGCUGGGACGCCUCCACCGACAUGCCCUACCUCGCCGUCCUCGGGCUGGACCUCAACAACAUCACCAGGCUGGAGCCGGCGGUCUUCUCGAGCCUGCCGAGCCUGGGCCUGCUCAACCUGAGCGGCAACGCGCUGCAGGCGCCGGAGCGCGGCCCGCUGCUCGCGUCCGCCAGUCUGCACUCGCUCGACCUGUUCAACUGCUCGCUGCGCCGCCUGCCCGGGGACGCCUUCUCGUCGCUGCCGCAGCUCGUCGCCGUCGACCUGUCGCUCAACGGGCUGGCGCAGCUGCCCGCCAAGCUGUUCCACGACGUCCCGCAGCUGCAGCAGGUGUUCUUGUCAGACAAUGGGCUACAGUCACUGCCAGCAGACCUGUUUGUGAAUAAUCAUCAGUUGCGGCGGUUACAUCUGUCAGGGAAUCCACUUCUGCUGUCUGGUGAAAAGGCCAUGCUCCCAACAGCACCCUCAGUAGUGCUUUUGGAACUGGACCGUAUGGAUCUCACAGGGCUGCAGGCCUCCUGGUUUGACAAUAUGCCACACAUUACCAACCUCAGCCUUGCUGACAAUAAGCUGUCCACUGUUUCGGUAUCUAGUGUUAAGGGACUGACACACUUGCAACAAAUAAGGCUUACAGGCAACAAGCUGCAGUGUAAUGCUGCAUUGCUACCUUUCUAUGAAUGGACAAAAGAGAAUGCAGUGCAUAUUGUUGCAAAAUGUGCUGAACCACGAGGGAACUGGCAGCUCAUGGAGCACCUGCACUUUGAAGAGGAAGAGAAGCACGAACAUGAAAAGCAGAGUGUGAGCACAACUCCAACUUCAGUCACUUCAAGGACCACGAUAGCAGUACCAGGUGUGACACAGUCAACAGUACGCCAGGUGUCGGAAGUGGUGCCAUCACCUGCAAGCAUGGCUGAAUUCUCACAGCAGGCGGUGCAGGCAGCGUCAGUAGGAGGCAGCGGCAACAAUGACAACAACAAGAGCAGUGGCAGCGGAAAUGGUAGCCUUUGGGUUGUGCUACUGGUUGGUGUGCUGGUGGGAGGCAUUGCAGGAGCAGUGCUGACCGCUCUGUUUGCCCGUCGCAUAAAGUGCCCAUCACGAGCUCCUGGCUUCCUGCACAUCCGUCUCCGUGAUACUGCAUCUGUGGCAGAAGAGUAUGGUGAUGAUGAGCGCCUUGGUUCCUGAGGCUAUUACAUAAUACUACCAAAAUGAUAAAUUUUCAGCAUCAUCCAAAGAGUUGUGAUAAAUUAUGCAGACACUUGUGUGACAAGUGACAUAGAGUCUGACUUGUGAAUUUCAUUUUAAUUCAUGUCACUAAAUUUAUUCAUUCAGACUUCAUGAAUGAAAUAUGGACACUAAAGUAAUUCUGUAUGUACAUAGCUGUGUGUGUGUGUGUGUGUGUGUGUGUGUGUGUGUGUGUGUGUGUGUGUGUGUGUGUGUGUGUGUGUGUGGGUGGGUGGG